CUUACUGUUGUCUGGUACUGUUACCAGUAGACAGUACGUAGUACGUACCGUACCGUACCUACUACUUAUAAGACAUUACGUUGCAGCGCCUGCGGAUUUUUGCAACGCUGCCUGCAGGCUGCAGCGUUAAGUGUAAACUGUGCAAAUCAUAACAUAGAUCAAUUUAUGUUGGCUUCGUCGUUUUGCAAAUGUUCAAGUCGGGUUAAAGGGAUGCGGUAGCUGGAUUAAUUUUUUAAUUUUGUUAGCUGUCAAAGUAUUCAAAAGUCCAAACAUUUUGCUACAUUCUUUUCAACAUGGAGAACACGGACGGUUCACCUUGGAAUAAUUCCAGUGGAAAUGAGGAGGACCGUAAGCCUGGACCUAAAGAGGGAAAAAAAUCGAACAUUUUGCCACUAUGGGGUAACGAACGUACCAUGAACCUUAAUCCUUUGAUAUUAACCAACAUCCAAUCGUCGCAUUAUUUCAAAGUCAAUUUAUAUGACCUCAAAACUUAUCAUGAAGUUAUCGACGAAAUUUAUUACAAGGUUGCACAUCUUGAACCAUGGGAAAAAGGAAGCCGUAAAACGGCUGGUCAAACUGGAAUGUGCGGAGGACGUUUAUUACAGGUCAGGGGAGUUGGGGCUGGUGGUAUUGUGUCUACCGCAUACUGUCUCCUUUAUAAGCUUUUUACAUUACGACUUACAAGAAAACAGCUCAAUGGUUUAAUCAAUCACCCUGAUUCACCAUACAUUCGGGCUUUGGGCUUUAUGUAUAUUAGAUAUACUCAGCCUCCAGCUGAUUUAUUCUCAUGGUAUGAUGAUUAUUUGGAAGAUGAAGAAGAGUUGGAUGUCAAAGCUGGUGGGGGUCAAACCAUGAAAAUGGGAGAAGUGUUGAAACAAUUUUUGACAAAGUUAGAAUGGUUUUCAACAUUAUUUCCCAGAAUUCCAGUGCCUAUUCAAAAAGAAUUGGAACAACGUUUAGCAGAAAAAUUUCCUUACAAUUCAAGUAGUUCUAGAAAUUCAAAACCAUCCAUAACUCUAAAUAAUCAAAGUAAAUAUGGAGGAUAUAAUCGUAAAGAAGAGCCAAGACAUGUGCCUGACGAUGAAGUUCAAUGGGGGGAAGCUGGACGUGCAAGUCAUUGGCGAGCCAGAUCAGAUGAGAGUCGAAGGGACAGGUCACCACGUAGAAAGAAAGAAAAAAGUCGUGAAAGCGAUCGAGAUAGAGGUAAAGACAGAGAACGCGACCGCGAUAGAGAUCGUCAUCGUGGACGUUCAUUAAGCAGAGAAAGAAGCAGACGUUCCAGAGAUAUGAGAAGUCGAAGUAGAGACAAAUCAUACAGAGAUCGUAGCAGAGAACGAAGUAAAGAACGACAUCGUGACAAAGACAGACACCGUAUAAGACGGAGUUCACCAGUAGAUUAUGCUGCAGAAUUAGCACGUGAAAAAGAACGUCAAAGGAGAGCGUAACUUAAAUAUCAAAUGAUGGCGUAAUAUUUUUGAAUAGAUCAAGUUUCAAAUUUAUCUUUUCAUAAUCUACUUGCACACUUUGGUUGAACUUAUUUUCUUAGAUGUACAUUAAAAAAAAAAGAAAUAAUGUAUUCACACAAUUAAUGAAUAUGCAAAAGAAUUGAAUAUAGAUAAUUUUAAUUGUUUAAUAAUUGAUUGACAAAUAAAUCUUAAAAAUGUGUUAGAUAAUGAAUUUGAGUAUUUCACAAAUAAUCUAUAAAUAUUAAGUAUGAGUGUAUAAAAUGUAUGUAAAUUAAAUUUGUCCCAUUGUUAGCCGAAUGUAAUGCAGACAAGAAAGUUCUUGCAAUAGAAUUAAAUAAAGUUUUGAUUUCUAAGUUUAAAA